AUGGCCCAUUUGGACGGUUCCCGCUGGACCGAGCACCUGCCAUUGGUGCUCCUCGGAAUCAGAGCUGCCGUGAAGCACGACCUCGGCUGCUCGUCAGCAGAGCUGGUCUACGGCAUAUCCAUCCGGCUUCCUGCCGACAUUUUCAACCAUCGGCCAUAUUCGCAGCCAUCACCCCUAGCCCCAUCAGACUACGCCCAACGCUUAAAGGCUGCUCUCUCCCGGCUGCGCCUAACACCUACGAGAGCUGUUUCCUCCUCUUCCCCGUACGUCGCCCAGGACCUUAUCAGCUCCUCCCACGUAUUCCUGCGCACCGACUCCAUCCGCCGCUCUCUCCAGCCCCCUUAUUGCGGCCCCCACAAGAUCAUCCACCAGGGCGCAAAAGCCUUUGCCAUCGACGUCAACGGUCGCGAGGUAGUCGUGUCGAUCGACCGGCUUUAA